AAGACAUCAAAAGGCCCAUGAACCUCCCUUGUCAGUAGCCGGCGCUUUCUCAGACGGGCACGCCUGCCGCUGCUCCGCCCUCCCACCUCCACCGACGGCGACCUCGCUUCUCUACGGCCGGCUGCCAACCCAACCGCCGUCUCUACCAGAUAGGCCGCCACCGCAUCCUCCUAGCCACCCCCCUUAAGCAUCAGCAGAUCUACGGCGACCGGUCAAACCAACCUAGCGGCCCUCCCAAGCCAUGAUUGGAGAAGUCGGUUGAUUGCAGGCUGGACAAGUUGGUUGAUAUUUUACUCCGAAUCUUCUCCAAAACCCUAGCCUUUUCAUGGACUAUACAUUUACCGCCGACGGUCACAUUUACUAUUCACUUCCAUGUGUUCGUGUCCAUGCAGCAGAGGUUGUAAUGUACCCAACACCACUGCUAGCCACUAAAGCCACUGUACCAGUUAACCCGAAGCCUUUCCUGAACAACCUGACAGGGAAGUCUGUUAUUGUCAAACUGAAGUGGGGUAUGGAGUACAAAGGGUACCUUGUUUCUGUGGACUCUUACAUGAAUCUGCAGCUUGCUGAUACAGAGGAGUAUAUUGAUGGACAAUUCUCUGGAAACCUUGGAGAUAUACUGAUAAGGUGCAACAAUGUUAUGUAUAUGCGUGGCGUUCCAGAGGAUACCGAGAUAGAGGAUGCAGUGUGAGAAGACAUGGACCGCUGUCACGCGUAGAUAUCUGACAUGAACGUGCCAAUCUAGCCCCGUUUCAGAUGUUGUCUCCAUUGAUGCAGGAUGUACGAUUUACCUGCUCCCAUGCUAUCUACAUGUUUGGUUGUACUGGUGAUCAGAUUUUUCAGUUUUCAAUCGUCUGGAUGGUGCUAUCGUCCUUGCUGAGUGUUAGAAGUACUGAAUUUCUUGAGCAAUUCUAUUUUGGCGUGCCUGGUUUUGGAAACUA